AUGGACUCGAGUGAUGAAGAGUGCUUUGAGGAGGGAGUGGAGACGAGAAUUCACCAGCAGAAUAUGACCACUCAGCUGCCGUCGUCGCCUAAUCGUCGAGGACUGCGUAUUCUCCUAUCGCAAUGGCGGAUAUGGGGAGAAUCUGAUCGGCUGGCAAAGACGGGGCCGUCAAAUUUGAAGUCGUCCUCAAUGAGCUCUGAACCUUCGAAGAUAUUUCUUCUUCUGGGUCCUCCCGUCCCUCCUGUGCACCGCGAAGGAGGCGAUAUCCUCGCCAUCGACGGUGCCAUAAAGUCGUGUUCCGGCACCUCCUCUCUCACUAGCUGCGGUGGAAUUCCUCGAGAUUCGAGCAACUUAUGCAGAUCCGACAUCUAUGAGUGGAUAUCGGGUCAUCACCGCUGGCUGACCAAAAUGCAGAUUUUCGUGAAACCCCUCAUAGGAAAAAUGAUCACGGUCGAGAUCAACAGAAAUGAGACCAUCGAUAAAGUGAAGGCCAAGGUUCAAGUCAGCUUUUAG